UCUCCGGCUCUCGGCGGGAGAGCGGAGAGCGCGCCCGCCCACACCCACGGCCCCCACACUCGCGAGCGCACACCCCGGCGCGCGCACGCCCUCACACCGGGACGCACGCAAGCACACCGGGGCCACAGACGGGCUCUAGGCGACGGCGGGUGGGGACACAGCCGGAUUCCCCACCCACCCACCGAGGGAGCUGUCGGCCACCCCGCCCCGCCCCGCCCCGCCCCUCGAACUCGCCAGUCCGGGCGCCGCUUCGUGGGCUGCAAAGUUUGCAGCGCGAGGCCAUCAAGGGAGCGCGCCGGCGCGGGCUCGGCUGAGCUCCACGCGGCUCAGGAUAGCUGUGACCGCUGGCCGGGCGGUGUGGAUGCUCGGAGCACAGCGCUACCACAGAGAGCCAAUCCCAAUACCUCGAGUCGGCUCAUCCCAGCUGUCCGAGUCCUACGGGGACACUCCAGCUGUGGACGAGGUGCACAGCCAACACUGAGCCCUCCUUGUCCGUUCUCGUGAGCUCAGACCCUUCACCAUCAUUCAGCCAUGGCUCCAGGUCCUGCUCGGAUCACCUUGGGGUCCCAGCUGCUGCCCAUGGUCCCUCUGCUCCUGCUGCUGCGGGGCGCAGGCUGCGGCCACAGGGGCCCCUCAUGGUCCUCACUGCCCUUGGCAGCUGAUGGUCUACAGGCGGACAGGGACCCCCAGCAGUCACCGGGGGACGCAGCAGCCUCUCUGGGCUCAGGCGCCCAGGACAUGGUCGCUGUCCACAUGCUCAGGCUCUAUGAGAAGUACAACCGAAGAGGUGCUCCACCGGGAGGAGGCAACACCGUCCGAAGCUUCCGUGCCCGGCUGGAAGUGAUCGACCAGAAGCCUGUGUAUUUCUUCAACUUGACUUCCAUGCAAGACUCAGAAAUGAUCCUCACAGCCACCUUCCACUUCUACUCAGAACCUCCACGGUGGCCCCGGGCUCGUGAGGUAUUCUGCAAGCCCCGAGCUAAGAAUGCAUCCUGCCGCCUCCUGACCCCAGGUCUGCCUGCACGCUUGCACCUAAUCUUCCGAAGUCUCUCGCAGAACACUGCCACUCAAGGGCUGCUCCGCGGGGCCAUGGCCCUGACACCUCCACCACGUGGCCUGUGGCAGGCCAAGGACAUCUCCUCAAUCAUCAAGGCUGCCCGAAGGGAUGGAGAGCUGCUUCUCUCUGCUCAGCUGGAUUCUGGGGAGAAGGACCCGGGAGUGCCCCGGCCCAGCUCCCAUAUGCCCUAUAUCCUUGUCUAUGCCAAUGACCUGGCUAUCUCAGAGCCCAACAGUGUAGCAGUGACACUACAGAGAUACGACCCAUUUCCAGCUGGAGACUUUGAGCCUGGAGCAGCCCCCAACAGCUCAUCUGAUCCCCGCGUGCGCAGGGCGGCUCAGGUGUCUAAACCCCUGCAAGACAAUGAACUGCCGGGGCUGGACGAAAGACCAGCGCCUGCCCUGCAUGCCCAGCAUUUCCACAAGCACGAGUUCUGGUCCAGCCCUUUCCGGGCACUGAAACCCCGCACCGGGCGCAAAGACCGCAAGAAGAAGGACCAGGAUACACUCACCACCUCCUCUCAGGUGCUGGACUUUGAUGAGAAGACGAUGCAGAAAGCCAGGAGGCGGCAGUGGGAUGAGCCACGAGUCUGCUCCAGGAGGUACCUGAAGGUGGAUUUUGCAGACAUCGGGUGGAAUGAAUGGAUCAUCUCACCCAAAUCCUUUGAUGCUUACUACUGUGCUGGGGCCUGCGAGUUCCCCAUGCCCAAGAUUGUCCGCCCAUCCAACCAUGCCACCAUACAGAGCAUCGUCAGAGCUGUGGGCAUUGUCCCUGGCAUCCCAGAGCCAUGCUGCGUUCCAGACAAGAUGAACUCCCUGGGAGUCCUUUUCCUGGAUGAGAAUCGGAAUGUGGUUCUGAAGGUGUACCCCAAUAUGUCCGUAGAGACCUGUGCCUGUCGGUAAGAUGGCUUCAAGAUGGAAGGCAGACCUGUUUCAUCCCUGCCCUGCACAGUGGCAAUCUUGGAACCAGGACUUGACUAGGGGAAGUUCCAGGUGCUAGACAGAGCUUAUUGGCAGCCCUGCUGGGACCAAGAAAGAUCUGUCCACCACACUGCAAUUCUUGCAUUCUUCUGUGCUAGUGGUAGCUCUGUAAAGACGUGUUGAGUUCCUGGAAGAAAUCUGGAAUUAACUGUGGUCUGCAAUCUGCCCAUCAUCCCUGCCCACAUUUUUCAAGGCCUAGAAAUAACAUGUGUCCUCAAAUGUCAACUCCAGGCAUUUGUCCUCUCAAAACCUGGAAAGACUAUGCAAAUCUUGGGGCGCUCCCCCAUGGCAGUUUAAAUGCUUAUUUUAAAACCCUCAGGCUGCAUACUAGAAACAGGGCCUAAACCAAGGCAUGAAUGGGUAUUUUCUCUUACAUUUCACUACACAUGCUUUUAUACAUGCAAUAUGCACAUGUCGUGAAGAUUGAUUUCUUCUUUUAAUAUAUGUACUUUUACUUCAAAGCAAAAUGGAGAGAGUUGACCCCAUCUGCCAGAGACAAUAGUGCAAGUUAGGUGUGGGUUGUUUAAACAUGCGUAUGGAAAUAAUACAUACAGUAAUAUGUUGGAAUACUAAAAAAGUAACCAAGAUUUUAUAUUUUUGUAAAUUAUACUUUGUAUACUGUAGAUUGUGAGUGUUCAGUGUUUUAUGGAAAGCUAAUAAAUUAAAGGUACAGUGGUAUCUGGAAAAACUGAAUGUCACCAUUCCAAAAUAUCAGUUAUUCCCUUAUCCAGUCUGUAAAUUCCUGGCCUAGCACUGAAGUGGAAUAUGGUUCCGGGACAGCACAGAUACUGUCCUAGAGUUUCUUCACAUCGCUAACUAGUUGAUUGGCAGGUGUCUGUGGCAACUUUUAUAUUAAGUGGCAGGAACAGGUCGGUGUAAUAAAAGCAGAAGGAGAUUUGACAUAUGCAGUCAGGGAAUAUCUCAGGAGCUCCACAGUUCAAUAAGAACUGGAAGGGCCAGACAAUGUCUUUUGUGUGUUUGUGGGAUCCCUGGUGUCUCCCAGGAUCCCUGGCUCCAAAGGCCACCGCAGAUGACUCUACUAUGAACAGCAUUGGCGUGAUAUUUGCUUUCAUUACAGUGGUUACUCCAGAAGUCCUGGGUUGGGCAAUUGUUAAGGAGACAGGUGUACCACAAUCCCUUCAGCCAGGGAUAGGGGCACAACAUUGGCCUGGAACCUCACCACAGAGACCUACAGCUGCCAAGGCUUGCUAAGAAGGGAGUGAGCUGAGAAGCAGCUGGGGCUGCUGAAUUCAGUAUUCUCUAAGGUCGUGUUCCAGGAGAUGUUGGUGAGGCAAGGAAGGGGACAAGGAACUGUGCACACCACCCCUCACCCACCACCACAUCCAUCUGGAGCUGGGUGCUGCUCUGCUGUUUGCAAAACCCUUCAGCGAGUCCAGCUAGAGGGGAAGGGAGAUGGAUAAGCAGCAACUUCUGCUUCCAGCCUGUCCCUUCAUGAGCUGCCACCUCCCAAUUCCUGGACCCUCUGCUCACGAGGCCCCAGUGGCGUGGGCAGCCUGGGCAGCCUGGAAGGCUACAAUGACAGCACUGUGGUCUAGGUGAACUGCAAGAGCAUCCAGAACAGGUCAGUGGGAGAGACAUAAAGGGAACUUGGAGUCUGUCUGAGUCCUCGCAUCCCAUCCUCUGAGAUGUUCCAUGUGCCCUGGGACAUGUGCAUACGCGGAUAUCCAUGCCCAUUAGCAAGGCGAGGAAGGACCAUGACUACAAUACAUACUACCUUAGUUCCUUAUCCCUGGAGGGGUGCACAUGAAGCUAAAUGAGUCCUUCCAAGCUGUUAUAGAUGGUGUGGGUGUCUCAAGCUGACCUGCAGACUUGGUGCUUCCCUUGCCAUGCCACUGUUGGAACAUGGUGAAAUAUAAUUAUGUGAAUAGCAAAAUAAAUUAAUACCAAGGCUUGAAAUGGCUCUGCCCUUUCUUCCAAAUAUUAGAUUCUGUUUUGCCUUCCUCACUCAGUUUUGUUCCCAAUUGAACUGCUCUCUCCCUUCUUAUAGCUAUGGUAUCUUCAUUUAGUUCCUUCUGACAUUUAUAGUUUCUGGGAGACCACUGGGAUUCUCAAAGAGCUGCAACCUCUCCAAGUCUUUGUCUCUAGAUGUCUGAGAUGAGUCAGGGCAACCUGAGAGGCUCUGACUGAGAUACAGACAUGGGCAGAGGGUCAAGCCUGUGAAGGAUGCCUAGUACUCAGGGGUUCCUGUAUCUUUUGGGUAUGUCAAGAUGACUUUGAGGUGAAAACUGGAAAUGUGAAUGGUGGUCCCCACUCAGCAAUGGAAGAGACUAGUGUCAUUGCUAAACCCUUCUAACUUACGAAGCAGCCUCUUUCAGAUGUAGCAUCUGAGAACACAACACCGAGGACCCCUCUUUCUUCCCUGCAGUUCUUGAGAGACAAACCAUGCCCAAUUGUUCAGAGGGACAAAAAUACAUCCCCAUGGGAGCUGAAUGGGGUAGCCAGAGGCAGGGAGAGCUGGGACUGAGAACCUGCUUCUAGCUGGCUGUGAUAAACACUGAGCCACUGGCCCGGCCUGUAACAGUGCCCAGACAGCACACUGCAUAGAACUGAAGUUCUGAAAGUGUGGUUCUCGAACCAGCCACACUAAGCGCCUAAGAGCUCAUUAGAAACACAGAGACUCAGAAUAGAUCAGAAAACUGUGUGAUCCCAGCAGGUCAUUCUGAUGCACAUGUUUAAACUUGUAUAUUAAAUAUUCCUUUAUUUGCUA